GAUACUCCUCUCGUGUUUAGUUCAGCUCAGUAACACUGAUUAUCGCUCUUUCAUUUCUCGACGCUUGAUUUCCUCUUAACUAUUGAGGAAGCCCAAACCUCCUAAUCUGAGACAUUUUCUUACUUUUUGCUAUAUUUUGGUUUCAAACAAAAAAAAUCCCGAGCCCUAAUUUUGUACUGUAUUUUUCUCUGAGUUAAAAAGGACUCAUUCAUUGCAUCUAGCGAUGGCGGAAGUUGAGCCCAUGAAAAUCGACGUAUCGGAUAAAACGAAGCGGAAAUUGGACGGCUCGGAUCAGAAGAAGAGCUCACACAAAAGGAAAAGAUUGGAGCCAUGUUUGUAUGCUGUAAGCCCGGAAGAGAAACAGGCGAAAAUCGAGGCAUUGCGCGAUGAAAUCGAUAGCCUUGUUAAAUUUGCUAAAGAUUUAGCGUUCAGAAGCAGACAAGUGUUGCUGGAAAGUGUGGAGAAAGUGGGGUCUGUGAAUUGUGUGAUUGCCUGCUUAAUGGAGGAGAGUGAUCUGCCAUUUUCAAUGCUUGUGGGUGAAAUUUUUGAGAAGGUUAAGGGUAGGGCUGGAAAUGGGGAAAAUGUUACUAGGGCCUGUGUGAAGAGUAGUGUGCUUAUGAUUGGGCAGAGAUUAUGUUAUGGUGUGGCUAGUGCAGAUGCAGAUCUUUUGGAGGCUGGGGCGGAGACUGCUCUUUGGUUUUGGGAGACUAGAGACUUGAAACUAAUCCCUAAAUCAGAGCGUGUAUCUGUGAAAGUUCGCCGUACAUGCCUGAAAAAGAUUCAGGAGAGAAUUGCAGCUGUUACAGCAAUGAUCAAUGCCCUUGAAAAGUCUGGGGACCAUCCAAUUCACCUGCAAGAUUUGACAAAAGCUUCAGAAAAGAUUGGUAAAGUUCUAAAUGAGGCAGAUAUCCGAUUGUUCAUGGAGAAUAUCUUACAGAAAAAUGCUGCUGAAAUGGCUGAGAAGGACGUCCAGAAAGAAGAAAAAAUGUUAAUCAAGCAAAUGGAGAAGAACAAGCAGGAAACAGAGAAAACAAAGAAGAAAAGAGAGAGGGAACUCCAGAAGGAAAUGUUGCAGAAUGAAAAAGAGCAGAAGCGCUUGCGCGAAGAGGCAGAGAAGGAGGAAAGACGACGUGAGAAAGAAGAAAAUGACAUGCAGAAACUGUUGAGUAGGCAGCAAGAGGAGGCAGAGAAAGAUCAGAAACGCAAGGCCAAGGAAGAAGCUGAACUAAACAAGCAACUUGCUCUCCAGAAACAAGCAUCAUUGAUGGAGCAGUUUUUUAGAAGAAAGAAAUCUACUUCUUUUGAAAAUGACAGUUCUUCAAACAAAGGCACCACAUCUAUGGCAUCUCCUAACUUAGUUGAGCUAAAAUGUGAAACAGUUAUAGCAAAUAUGGACUCUGUUUUGGCCGGAAAUGCUGAAGUUGAGGCCAGAGCUAUUUGGAAGUCACACUUGAAAUCAUGGCACUGCAUUGGAAAUUCUAUUCGUUCAAAGAAAGUCCACUGGGGCUUGCGUCAGAAGCCUAAAACUGAGCUGGUCAAGGAACUCAAGCUUAUGACUAGCACUGAAACGCCUAGUGAUGAGGUCCAAGUUGAAGAGAAGAAUGUGGAUGGUUUGAUUGACCCCAAUAUCCAUGGAAGACAUUCUCAGAUGACCAUAGACAGGCCUCUUUCACAAUGCCAAAAUAGAAAAUGCAGUAGGCAGCUAUUUCAGUUUGAUAAGAGCCACAGACCUGCAUUUUAUGGUGUUUGGCCAAAAAAAAGUCAAGCUAUUGGGGGACGCUGCCCUUUGGUGAAGGAUCCACUUGUAGACUAUGAGAUUGACAGUGAUGAGGAGUGGGAAGAGGAAGAACCUGGUGAAAGCCUCUCGGAUUGUGAGAAGGAUGAUGAAAGUAUUGAGCAGCAAAAGGUUGAUGAUGAAGAUGAAAGUGAAGAUGGAUUUUUUGUUCUUGAUGGUUAUCUGUCGGAAAGUGAGGGAGUACAGACUGAUGUGAUGGAAUGUGAUGAACUAGCCGAGGAAGUGAGAGAUCAUCUGGACACCAAAGAGCAAGUACCGAGUGAAGAAUUUUGUUCCCUGCUCCGACAGCAGAAGUAUUUGAACAAUAAGACAGAGCAUGCACUUAGAAAGAAUCAGCCCUUGAUCAUAUUAAAUCUCAUGCAUGAAAAGACCACAUUGUUAUCAGCUGAAGAACUAUCUGGUUCAGAGAAACUUGAAAAAAUGUGCUUACAAGCUCUUUGUAUCCGUCCUUUGCCUGAUUUCCCAGCAACAGAAAUUUCCAUUCAUAAUAAUGAGGUAGAUGAGGAUUUAGAAACUUUAUCAAACAAAUCAAGUUCAACACCUCCUUCAACUGCUGCUGCUACUACUAUACCUGAUUCAGACAUGCCUCAGUUUAUUUCCAUCAUCAAUUCAUGUCCAUAUGGCAUUGCAAAGAUCUCAGACUCUCUGCAUAAUACUUUCCCAGCUUUCUCAAAGUCUCAGUUAAGAAACAAAGUCCGUAAAUUAUCAGAAUUCUCAGAAAAUCGUUGGCAGGUCAAGAAAGAAAUCUUGAGGAAGUUUGGCCUAUCUAUCUCGCCAGAAAGGAAGUCUCUCAAAGCAAAGAGCAUAGCUUCAUUCUUCUCAAAGAGAUGCUUGCCUCCAUCUAAGACUACGCCUAUGAAUUUGAACCAAACGCCGCCUCAGCUGUCUGAGAAACAUGCGGCAGCUAUCGUCUCCACACAGCAGGAUUGCUUGAACGAGCAACGGUUGGAAUCCAGUGCGGCCGGAUAGCAUGAACAUGGAGCCAGAUAACGUUACUUCGACCGGAUGAAACGAUGACCCAUUUCAAUUGUCAGAGAGUGAUUGUCGGGUUCAGGAGUUGAAGACCUUUGGCGUGAAUAGAAUGCUCUAUGAUAACGUAAAUUCAAAGUUGUAUUAUUUUAAAAUUAUUAAAGGACCUUAACAAUAGAAAUGAGUAGUUUCUAUCUAA